AUGUUUAAGAAAUCUGAGAAAAAGUCUCAUAAUCCUCCAUCAAAACAUCCUUCUAUGCCAGUAGCUGGCUCAUCCAAAAAUGAAGCUACUCCAGGGGAUAAGGAUGAAGAAACACCAUCUUGCGGACAACGUUGUUGUAAAUACAUAUACGAUAAAGAAACAAAACAGUUUUGUGGUAGAACGUGUAACAGUUGGUUUUAUAUUAUUGUUUAUUCAAUCAUGUACUCUAUCUUUUUAAGCACCUAUACCUUGAUAUUGUUGUAUGCAUCUUUUAAUGUGAUUAAAUAUAUGGAUGAUUAUCAGACAAUCGACAAAAUGGACCUAUGGUCAUACUCAGAGCAAGGUAUUGGUUUGACAGCGACACCAACUUCUUUAAACAAUUUACCAGUCAUUUGGUACAGGAACGAUACAAGGGAUUACCAAAAGUAUAUAACUGAUUUGGAAAAUUUAAUAAAUAAGAGGAGAAAACGUGAAACGUACAAUACCUCUGACACUGAUCUUGGACCAUGCGGGUAUUCACCAUUCGGUUAUGGAGAUAAACCCUGUAUAAUAAUUAGAAUCAAUCGACAGUUGAAAUGGUCUGCUAAACCCUUAAUUAACAAUGUAACAUUUAUGAGUACAGUUCCCAGUACAGUACAGAGCAAUUUAAAGUUGAAGAAACAAAAGCUAUGGUUACAUUGUAAUGGUGUUCAUUCUUACGACAAGGAGCACAUUGGGAACAUAACGUAUUAUCCUGAACCUCCAGGUUUUGAUCCAGACUCUUUCCCAUUGACUGAUAACAGUUUUUCACCUCUAAUUGCCAUACAAGUAUCGAAUUUCACGUUAGGCUUAUCACUGAUUAUUGAAUGCAAGCUGUGGUAUCAGGAGGGCGUUUCUUCUACGGAAUUUGUUUUAUAUGUCACGCCUAAGAAAAAAUGA